AUGCCUAGUUGUGAAGACGAAGUGUUAGCUAUUGGAAGAAAACUGGACAAAAUUAUAGACGGUACGAAACCGGGAGACAAUGCUGCUGAUCUUCUUGAGGUUUUGUCAAAGCUUCCAAUCACUAUUGAUGUCUUGACGAAGACUCGCAUUGGAAUGACUAUCAAUGAUUUACGCAAAAAGACCACAGACGAAAAGUUGGCAAAAAAGGCAAAAAGUCUUAUCAAAGAGUGGAAGAAUUUGGUCGACAAACGAGAGGACAAAAAAGAAAAAGCUGCUAAAAAUGAGCCAUCCUCAUCGAACUCCGGGAAAAACAACGGGUCAGUAUCGGAUCAGCCAACUCCGAAAAUCGCCCAACCUUCAACUCAGCCACCCGCUCCUAUUCCAGGCCAUCACUACUCUUCUAACUUCCCUCCUAAACACUUGGAGGCUGACGAGGUUAGGUUAAAGUCUGCGCAGAUGAUUUUGAAUGCUCUCAGAUACGCAGAGCUUCCAGUUGGCACUCUUGAUCCUGAGGAAAUUGCUGUCAAAGUGGAAGAGAAGCUAUUUAGUGUGCAUAAGGGCACAGGGGACAAGUACAAAGCUGCUCUUCGCAGUCGUGUCUUCAACCUGAGAGACAAAAAGAAUCCAGCGCUCAGGGAAAACGUGUUGACUGGAGUUGUGAAACCGGAGAAGUUUGCCGUUAUGACAAGCGAGGAAAUGGCAUCAGAUGAAGUGCGUGAAAUGCGUGACAAAUUCAACAAAGCUGCUAUCUUGGAACACCAAAUGAGCGUACAACAAGGUACUCCUUCGGAUAUGUUCAAAUGUGGGAAGUGCGGUAAGAAGAACUGCACAUAUACUCAACUUCAAACUCGAUCAUCUGAUGAGCCGAUGACCACUUUUGUUUUCUGUCUCGAAUGUGGAAAUCGCUGGAAGUUCUGUUGA